AUGGUGCUUACCCCUCCAUUGGAGGUCACUGAAUUACAGCAGCAGCGAGGUUGGCUCACAUGCACCAACAAUAGCGUCAACGUUCCAGAAGCAAGUCGAAGUCAGUCACCGGACUGUUAUUACCACAAGCGAUUUAAGGAGGUCUUUAAACAAGUAUGGCCGACGGACCAAGCGGCAGCCGUUGCAGCCCAUCCUCAAAGCCGCCUAUUUGUAUCAGAUAAGAGAACGAAGCUAAUCGAUACUGGUGCAGCUAUCUCUGUCUUUCCUCGACCUCGGAACUUCAAAAGUAAAGCUAUACUCACUGUGCUCCUCGGCAUUGACAAAAAGAUAACUACCGUGUACAACCCACAGGCUAAUGGAUGCACAGAAAGGUGCCAUCUCAGCAUGAAGGCACAUUUGGACAUGGACCACUGGACUCUCCCAAUAAUUCUGAUAGAUCUAUGCUCCACCUUCAGUGAAGACAUAGGAGCUAGUGUAGCUGAAUCAACCCGUGUGGCCAGUUUUUCAGACUAUCUGGGGAAUUAUUUCAGGAAUCUACUCCAUGUGCAGAACCUAGCAUAG